AUGUCUGGGCCCGACCGUCUUCCCGGCGCAAAGGGUCGGAUGUGGAGACCGUCAUCGGUAGAUGAUUUUAAGGUCAAAUCGUUCCCCGCAAUCCCGUCAUCUCCGGCGUCGCCUCCCCCCAAAUCCCCAUUUCCCCGACUGUCUGGAUCUUCCUUCUGGAGAGGCUCAGAGAUGGACGCAAGUCCGGGCUUCAAGGGCCUGUCGAGCUCUGGCCCUCGUGCGACGCGAGGUCCGCUUGCUGGAGGUCGGCAAAUCACCCGGAACCGGGCGAGUUACAGCUGUCAUGCCUGUCGCCGCCGCAAAGUGAAAUGCGACAAGGUCCACCCUAUCUGCGGAAAUUGUGCCAAAACCGGAGCCGACUGCGUCUACGACACUUCGUCGCAAAAGCAGAAAGACACGCGCGAUACCGCUUCACGAAACCAGGGAACAAAACGACGGCGAGGUACGCCAAGAAGCUGGGAGGACGAUGUGCGUGACCUACAGUCUACAUACGGCCCUGCCAGACACACAGAAGGGUCGGCGCAAAGUCCCGACAAAUCCGAUCCCCGCGCCAUCGAAGCCCGAUUGAACAAUCUGAUGUCCGUGAUCGAAAGGAUCGGCGGAACAACCCAAGCAUACGAACUGGCAGAGAAGCAUGCAAAGUCUCCUAGCGCUACCGUGGAAUCGGCUCUCCUGGACGAGUUGCGGCAAAGUAACGCUCGCAGUGCAAAGAAUGCUUCUCCGCGGCCCUCCAGUCCAGCACGUGCUGCUAUGGAAUCAAGCGGGGACGAGUUCCCAAUACCGUCCGGCCAGGCGACCGACCUGGUUGAUCCAAUUGGGAGCUUGAACUUAGGGCACUUAAGCCUAGAAGACGGCGGCAGGUCAAGAUACGUUGGCACAACUUACUGGGCUUACAUCUCACAUGAGAUCAACGAUCUGAAUCAAUUAUUAAGAGACCAAACGCGUUCGCAUGACCACCAGGCUUCUGAGAGUACCUCUGAAGAUCUAUCUGAUCCUAUGAACGGGCGGGGGGCACGUAGAAGCUCGAUAGGUAGCUCUCCGAUGUCAGGCACAGGAAGGUCUCGAGUAGGGUCCUUUCCACAGUCCGUUAUCUUCCCUUCUGCUGGCGAAUCUCCGUAUGGAGCGGACAAAUCGGUUGAACCGGAGAUGCUUGAGCAUGUGCCAACCAGAAGGCAAAGUCAUAUCCUCUAUAAGGGGUUCAUGUCCGGGGUUCACGCCAUCAGCCCAGUCGUCCACCCUCCGACGGUCUUGAAGCUCUAUAAUGCCUUUUGGGACUGGUAUGAUUAUAGUAGUUACUCCGGUGAGCCAUGUCCAAAUGUAUCCUUUAUCCCCCUUCUUUACGCUAUCUGGUAUGGUGGUUCCGUAACCAUCUCCCUCCGAACCAUCCAAACCGAAUUCCCCUCCGCGUCUCGCUUUUCGCUGUCCUCGAUGUACAACGAGGAGGUGACGCACUGGCUUACAAAGAUCUCUUUCCCGCGAAGUCCUUCUUUGCAUGGACUCGCUGCCUAUCUCAUUGUUCAAACUAUCUUAUCCAAGGAAGAAGAACCUCUCACUAGCAGUUUGUUUGUCAGUAUGGCAAUGAGAGUAGCUCAAACUAUGGGACUUCACCGUGACCCCGCAAAAUUUGGAAUCGAGCCCUGCGAAGCGGAGACCCGACGCAGAAUGUGGUGGCACAUCCUGCACAUGGACGGCGUCGUCGCCAUGUCCAGUGGUCUCCCGCCGAUGCUGAGUGACGAGAACUACUGGGAUGUACGCGAGACAAGCGAGAUUAAAGAUACCCUCAUCGGUACCUCAUUAGCCGAAACAUACGAAGAACUUGUCGCUACCAACCAACGCGUACCAGACAAUCCAGAUGACCCGUCCCUCUGCGGCGGUUCUUCUAUGGUGAAUGUGUACUAUCUGACUGCUAGGGGAAAAUAUGCCAUGGCUCGUGCCGUCCGCCGCAUUCUCAGAAUUCAACUAGGCACCCAGCCUGUCACCCGGAUGGAUAUGGAAGAUCUCAGGUCAAUCCUUCUCGACCUCCAGCUCAAGCUAAACUCAAUGGUGCACCGAAUUCCCGAGGGAAUGCCAGAAAGAACCUCGGGUGCAGCAAGCAGGGCCAUGUCUAUGUCUAGAUCACCGCCCAUCGGCACGGAAACCGCAGAGGAGGUGAAUGGAGAAGGCUUAAAUGGCUGCGCGGAGCAGUAUCAUUCCCCGGUUCUGGUAUCUUUCCACAAGUGGGCGAAAAUUAUAUUGGGACUUUAUAUCGACAAGGCUUUCUGCGUCGCAUAUCAACCAUUCUUGAAAAAUGCGCGAAGUCGAAUAUGGCCUGCAGCGAGGCAAAGUGCCAUUCGUCAUUGUCAUGGAUUCAUGGAGAAAUUCAUCCAGCUGGCAACAGAUGCAGACUUUCAACCCUUCCAUUGGAGCUGGCCAGGAAAUCAUCAACCGAUGCACGCCACAAUGAUCAUGCUAAUUGAUCUAUAUGAGCGACCUUACAGCCCCGAAGCGCCAAGGUCUCGCGCCUUUAUUGAUCGUAUUCUCGCUAUUUCGGGCCCGGAUGGGGGCGUGGUCGGCGGCGAGGACGGCAUUUCCCUCCAGCGGCCAUUGAAAGAUGGCGGUCGUGAAGCUUGGGACAUGAUCCGGCGUCUCCGUCAAAAGGCGUGGCAAAAGGCGGGAUUGAACCCGGAGGUCCUUUGGACGGAACAAGAUCAAGUACUGGCCGGCAUUACUUCACACAGCGACGAGCUUCGUCAUCCUCAUCCGCAGUUGACCGACUUCAAUCGCCUGUUUUACAAUAUGACUCGUAAUCAUCUUCUGUCCGGGUCCUCUACUUCAGGAGGCAUGAAGCCCAGCCCCUUACGAUAUUCAUAUCAACCGCCAGUGGAAACUGCCAAUUCGCUCCCAAUGCCGCCUCGCAGCCACACCCAUGCAGCAAGUACAAUCCCUGCGGCCACACUAUCUCCAGCAGCGACAGCAACUUCUCCCGACGUGGUAUCACCUUCAGGGACAUCCGCUUCUCAUUCUAUGCCCGCAGACCGCUCACAGCCUCUGGCUGCCGCGGGCUCGCAACCCCUCCAACCAGUCGGGCCUGGUGUGGCCCAACCCUCCCAACCUACACCAUUCAUGGACUCUCUUUCUCCUCAUCCCAACCCCACGAGCGUUCCGACCCCGCCAUCUAUGGUGGACCCAAACUUGAACUUCGAUUGGGAUCAAUGGGACGCUGUCUUUGGCCAGCAUCUGCCCGUCGCGGAUGAGUUGAUGGAACUGGAUCCUCCUAUCGGGCUGGAGUUCGCUAACUUUGGGGGUCCUCUGACUGAUACCCAGGAGAGCCAAGUCGAUCCCCAUGGCAUGUCAACUCCCGGUACCCCGGAUGGAUGGAUCCGGUACAGUACAUGA